AUGGCGACACCUUCACCGCAGACCUGGACGCUUCGUCUCAAGGCUCACAAGACCACCGUCAUCCUACACGUCGACCCUCUACACACCUUUGAUACGAUCAAGACAUACCUCUACGACGCUCUACAAGAAACCGACUUCAAGAACCCCGAAACCGGCGAAUCCAUACCACUACCUCCAUCCACGUCAGACAUACAGCUCGGUCGGCCAGUAAACAUCAACGACGCAAACGAGGGUUUCGAAUUAGGAGAGUGGGAAUACAACAUCGGCGAAGAGGAAGAGGAGGGUGGUAAGGGCAAAGGCAAAGCGACAGCCAGUGGGAGCGCCAAUGGUGGAGCGAAAGCAGGCACAGCGAACGUCAAGCAAUGUCCCAAGGGGGCUGGGCUGAAAGAUGGUGCUGUGUUAGCCUUCCGGUGGCCCGGCGACGGCAACUGGGAUGGUGAAGAUGAGCUCGACGUUGAUGAUGGACGGCCUGGAAAGGCUGGAGAUAUGUGGGGAGUCAAGCUGGCGAGCUUCGAAGAUGCGUACGGUGUUGAGAAUGAGAUGGAUGUGGGUGGUAGACCGGAAUUUGAAGGCUGA